AUGCAAAAUAUUUAUUAGUAAAGUAAAUAAUUUGCAAGAAUAAAUAUUGUAUUAUAGGCCAAAAGAUAAUUUAACAUGGGUAAACGUAAAGGCAAGUGUGUGAAACGCAAUAAAGUGAGCAAAGAAGCUCUGGAGCCCGAGCACUUGGUGAAGGCGCCGCAUUCGUUCGUUAUACAUCGCGGGCAGUGUAGCAAGGACCUCAUCGACCUUACAAAGGACUUCAGGAAGAUUAUGGAACCUUUUACCGCGUCGCAAUUGAAGGAGCGUAAGAAGAACACUAUAAAAGACUUUGUAUCAGUGUCAGGGUACUUGCAUGUGUCACACAUGAUGCUGUUCACCGAGACAGAGCUGGGCACCUACAUGCGUCUGGCGCGGCUACCCAGAGGUCCUACGCUUACCUUCAGGCUACAUAAUUACAGUCUCGCACGCGACGUCGUGUCUUCUCUCCGCAAGCAAUACGUGAUAAUGCGAGCUUUCCAGCACGCGCCACUCAUCGUUCUCAACAGCUUCUCUGGCGAAGGCAUGCACAUGAAGCUCAUGGCCUCUAUGUUCCAGAACAUAUUUCCUACUAUUAAUAUUACCACUGUGAAGCUAAAGAACAUCCGUCGCUGUGUGCUUAUGAACUAUAACCCCGCGACUAAACUGAUAGACAUGCGACAUUACGUCAUCAGAACUACGCCAGUUGGACUUAAUAAGGGCACUAAGAAGAUGGUGCAAGGCAAAAUACCUAAUUUAAACAAGUGUAAAGAUAUAUCUGAAUUCUUUGACAAGGCUGGAUUACUGUCAGAAAGCGAGUUCGAAGACGAUCCAAACGCACAAGUGGUGUUACCUCAGAGUCUUGCGUCGAGAGGCGCUGCAGCUGAAUCCAAGUCAGCUAUAAGAUUGUCUGAACUUGGCCCGAGGAUUUCUAUGCAGUUGAUUAAGGUGGAAGACGGUUUGAUGGACGGCGAAGUGCUGUUCCAUGAAUUAGUUGAGAAAACAGAAGAAGAGAAAGCUCUUAUCAAAAAGAAGAGACAAGAAAAGCGGCGUCUAAAAGAGAAACGUAAGGCACAACAAGAUGAGAACAUCAAACGCAAAGAACGUGAGAAGGAAGAGCUGAAGCAGAAGGCAUUGGAGGGCAUCAAAAAGAAGAAAGAACAAACAGAAGCUCAAAGGUUGAUGGAACUUGCUGCGGCAGAAUCACAGCAUACAGUUGAAGACAAUGACCAAGAGGACGACGACGCGGAAUAUUAUAGAAAGGAAGUCGGCGCCGAGCCAGAACACGACCUGUUCACAGAAAACCCAAGAAAGCGAAAAAGUGACGACGACAACACAAACAAUCCACGGGGAUUCAAGAAAAUGAGACUAGAUAAAAAAACAAAGAAAAAGUAUCAGAAUAGUCAAGAUAAGAAAUUUAACAAACAGAACCAUGUAGGUAGAAAAUUUAAUAAAAAUAACAAGGGAAAUCAAGAUAAAUUUAAAAAUAAUAACAGAAAUAAAGAUAACAGAUUUAAGAAAAGUGCCCGGACCGAUAUUGAUAAAUCUAAGAAAACAUACAAGAUAAAUCAAAAUAAGAAAUUUAAAAAUAAGUACCAGGGUAAUCAACGUGGUGGGGAAAGACGCAAUAAAUAA